AUGCGCUGUGCCAUCCCAUCCUUCACAGAAGUCUCCUCCCCCGAGCUCCAAGACCUGCUCACCCGCAUCCGCGAACGCAUCUUCCUCCCCGCGCACGUUAACAAGUCGCAGCGCAAACUCAUAUUCAGUCCCAAACACGCAAAGUCCCUGGAGGUUGAGCCCGCAAUCGCCAACAUCGCUGGCGAGGAUUUCCGCCUGCGUCACCUGGAGCUCACGCGGGACGUGCCGUCCAGACGAACCGCCGUGCUCAAUGCCUUGAGGCUCAUGAAAGAGAAGCGGGACUGGGACAAUCUCCCGAACCUCCUGGGCGGCUUGAAGAACGCCGGCUGCCAACACGGCCCGCAGGUGCGGCUGGCAGUUGUGGGUAAGGCUGGCAAGGCGGGCCGGCAGGACACAGUGCUAGAGUGUCUGCGGCGGGCAGAGUUUACGGGGCUGACGCUGCAGCAUCUCGAGAUGGCCAUUCAGGUGCUAUACUGGAUGGCGCAGAAGGCAGUCGCGGCGGAUUGGGACGCGCAAGAGACGAAGAAAGCGCUAGCGUGGGCCGAGAUGGUGAGAGACAUGAUGGAGGAGCCGAAGCAUAAGGUGAUGCCGAAGCGGGAUAUUCCCGAAUACUUUGGCACAUCGAAGGACCAGCCUGAAGUUCCGGGGAUUCUAUUACAGCUUGCCGCUGUACGGGCGACGCAGACCGGGAAGGAUGAGGGUGGGAAAGUGGAGCGGUACGCGAAGGAGUUGUUGGGGGCGCCAAAGGGGUUUCAGGAGGUUGGGAAGGGGGUUGGGAAGGAAGCUGGGAAGGACACAACCCAGAAGGUUCAUACGUCUCAUCCGACGUUCUGGUUGUCUACUCACGCUAUGGUCUUGCACGGCAUAAAGGUUGCGCUGCCUUUGCUCGAUGCGGAGUCUAAGGUUGGGGCUGGCCUGAAAGCGAAGUACGAAGAGCUGGAACCGUUGGUGUUGGCCGUAAGAGACCAGCUGGUUGCAGAGCAAGAAACGAAAGGAAAGCCCUCACAUUCUGUUGAGGUUUACGAAAAACUCCUUGGGCCGGGGUCAAAGGCCCUCCGGUCAGGGUCAUCCGAGGAGACAACCAGCAAUGUAUGA